AUGUUAAGAUUCGCUAGCAAAGUGAUUCGCCCUGUGGGUAUACGUGGCCUUGCAACGGCUUUACCUACAACAAGAACCACAGUUUUAAAAAAUGGACUAACGGUGGCGACAGAGAAGAUUCCAAACUCGUUGACCGCCACCGUGGGGGUCUGGAUUGAUGCCGGCUCUCGAGCAGAUGUGAGCGACUCAACUUCCGGAACGGCCCAUUUUCUUGAGCACUUGGCUUUCAAAGGGACCAAUAACAGAACACAGCUCAACCUGGAGCUUGAAGUGGAGAAUUGCGGCUCCCACUUGAAUGCAUAUACGUCUAGAGAAAACACUGUCUAUUAUGCUAAGUCGCUAAAAGAAGACAUUCCAAGAGCAGUUGACAUUCUUUCAGACAUUCUCACGCGCUCGAAGCUUGAGAAAACGGCUAUUGAGAAGGAAAGACCUGUGAUUAUCAGAGAAAGUGAGGAGGUCGAUAAGAUGUACGACGAGGUUGUUUUCGACAGACUUCACGAAGUUGUGUUCAAGGGCCAGCCCCUGGGGAGAACCAUUCUAGGUCCGAUUGAAAAUAUCAAGUCUAUUACCCAAUACGAUUUGAAAAACUACAUUCAAACCAACUACAAGGGCGAUCGGAUGGUUUUGGUCGGAACAGGUGCGGUGGAACACGAACAACUUGUUGAGCUUGCGGAAAAAUCAUUUGGUCAUGUGCCUUUGUCGGAAAGACCAUUACCACUUGGGACCCCCCGCGGAGCUCUUCCUAAGUUUUACGGUGAAGAAAUAAAGGUCAAGGAUGAGUCACUACCAAAUACCUACUUCGCCAUUUGCGUGGAGGGCUGCUCGUGGUCCUCCGAUGACUAUUUCAAAGCACUUGUUGCACAAGCUAUCGUGGGUAAUUGGGAUAGAGCAACAAAUGUCGCUCCUUCGCCUCUAGCAAGAGCUGUUGCUUCCGGCCAGGGAGAGCCUUUGUGCAACUCUUUCAUGUCAUUCUCCACAUCUUACUCCGACACGGGCCUUUGGGGAACAUAUGUUGUGGUGGAUAAAUCACAGACUUGUUACCCAGUGAUAGACUGUAUUCUAAGAGAAUGGAGCCGACUGCGAAACGGAAACUUCUCGAUCAAAGAAGUUGAAACGGCAAAGUCUCAGCUAAAGGGCUCCUUGCUCUUGUCUUUGGACGGAACCACUGCUAUAGCUGAGGAUAUUGGCCGUCAAUUAGUCACUACUGGCCGCAGAUUAUCUCCCGAAGAAAUCUUCGAAAUUGUGAAUAAUAUCAACAAGGACGACGUUGUUGACUGGUGUCAGCGCUAUUUGCGCGAUAAGCCAGUAGGGCUGGCAGCCCUGGGAUCCACGGACUCCAUCCCAGCCCACAAGCUUAUAAGCCAGAGUAUGUCAUUCUAA